AUGCUUCGCGGCCUCGGUCUGGUUCUUGUGGCUGCAAACGCAACAUCCAAUCCACAUCGGCGAGCUUUAAUUGACAAGUUUGGUGUCAUUGAGGCACGGUUUAGGGAUGUUCGGUUGACGAUCAUGCAGGAGUCGGUGCUUCCUGUUCCGGAUACUACUUCUCUACCCACGUCGGUUUCCCAACUCAAGUUCAUGUAUCUUUCUGAAGCUCUUCUAAAAGACGAGGAAGUCCCGAAGCUGCUCAAAGACUUCCAGGUGUAUGACCACCAACGGCGCGCGUGUCGACCAGUCAAACAGAAUGUUUACCUACCAGGUGAUGACGAAUACGGACCACGUCAAUUACUUUCACCAUACAACAAUGCACCUGGUUAUGACGUGCCAUUUCUACAUGAUGACUACCUCCAUUCUCCGCCUGCAACACCAGAGGGUUUUGCGUGGAACUGGGAGGAAUGGCUAGAAUUGCGACUCCGCCUGCGUCGUAAUGUCCGCCUGACAGGGAUGGACAAGAAGGAAUUGACGGUUUCUCCUUUGUUCCGCUAUAUUGAGAAGCAUCGGCCUGACCGCCUGCUGGGCGGUCUACAAAGGGCAUGGAAUAUUGAGAACCUCAAUGCCACAGCCUCUGAUCAAUUGAUCGAUGAGCUGUCCAAGAUGAAGGUUUCUUGUAAAACCCAGAGCGACCGUUACUGUUUGUUUCCCUUGAUGUCAACUUAUUUGCCUCUACCAGAACUUGAAAGUAAGCGUUCUCGAUAUGCUGAAGAAGAGGGCUCUUUUUUCCUAAAUCUAGGCGAGCCCAUAACAUCAGAUACCUACAGAGUCAAAUGGGGUUUCUUGGUGGAUCAUCUUGGUAUUGGUCACACUGACUAUUCUUGCUUUUACCUACAUAUCCUCAACGCGAUUCGUUUCGACAAUGAUGCAGCUGACAUUAGUCGAAAGUCCAGGAUCUUGGAUCUCUACGAAGUCCUUCAUGCCCGAUGUCGAGAGGCCAAAAAUGUCAUUGGCGAGCAGGCCAGCACAAGAGAUGCGAUAGCUGGGCAUCGACUCGUAUAUAUCCCCGCCUGUGAUCCUCAACCAGCAACUUGGGUAUCGCCUGACGAGUGUCUAUGGAACGCACGAAAAGAGAUGCAAACAGCGUACCCUCUUGCACAUCUGUAUCGAACAGUAUUUCGCCGGUCCGAGGAAGAACUAGACAUAAUGCGGCAAUUUUUCAAGAUAACCCUAGGUGUCAAGGACUGUUCCUGGGAAAAUUACCUCAACGAGUUGCGGAGACUCAAUACACUUGGAACUGAGGACUUUGACUGGGUGAACGACAUAUACAAGGCUCUCAAGGCAGAGCGGCCGAGCCUAGUCGACGUUGAUGCUGCAAAGAUCAGGAAAGCAUUCGCUGAAGAAAAGCUCAUAUGCUUCAAAUUUGGCAAUGUCAGUCGCUGGUAUACCGUCAGCGAGUGUCUAUGGUCUAGCGCCACCAAGAUUCGAGGCAGAGUAGCUCUCAAUGAUCUCUAUCCCAACCUAGAGGACUUCUUCGUGAACUUCCUUGGCGUUCAAGAACUCACACUUAGUAUGGCAUAUGACGAGCUCAAAGAGAUGGGGACGAGGAUUCCAUGCCCCCCGAUUGACGUUGUCAAAGACACAAUUUGGGCACUCAAUUCGUUGUUAGUAACGGCGGACCGCCUGCCAGACGAAAGACCAAUCCUGAAAGGAGCAGCAUUCCCUGUCAAGCACCCGAAUGGCUCAGUAAAGCUGCAUCCAGGUCGUACGGACUUCGCCAUUGUUGAUCGAAAGGCUCUAGGUGACAUCUUUGGGACACGAGCCAAGACACUGGACUUUACACUCGAUGAAGUUCGGCGGCUGCAGCCAUUUCUCUCGUGGCUCAACAUGGGGUCGAGAUAUCUAUCCGCCUCUGUUCGAGAAAUCUCUACUGUGGCAAGUAAGAGUAUGAACAAACUGCAGUCUCCUGAUAGGGAGAUAAAGCAAAAGGCCGACGGUCUUUACAGGAUCGCCGUCCACUACAACAGUCCUCGCACACAAGAUGACAACUCGAAGCUCCAUUGGAUUCUUUCCCGCGCAGAAGUCCACGAAACAGACGGAAUCUCAUCCGAACUUCAUCUAUCCCAAGAUGGGCACGCGAUAGUACAUGUUCAAGAACGAAGCGAACUACAUAUACGUGAAGACAGUGGCUCCCUCAAAGUUUACGUCCCUCGAGAUCCCAAGGCUCAAGGAUUCUGUUACUUCGCGGCGCUUCCUCGACGUUUACUAGAAUGGAUCAUGACAGAUCCGUCCACCCUUAAAGUUGAUCACGUCGGUUCGAAAGCAUUGCAGAUUGUCACAGCAGUCUUGAAUGCUCCUCUUGUCAUCAUGACGCAGAUUCUGGAGGCGGAGGGAAUUAUUGAUGCCUCAAUCCCGGCAGGCAGGUUCAAGGACGAGAAUGAGGAACGCGGCGUCAUCGAUGGGCCCAAUGCCUCUCAGGGAGCGGAUGUGAAUCACGGCAAAGACGCCUUGGGUGAAGCGGUGGAUGAAUCUACGUCUCUAGUCUUUGUACAACCAGAAGUCCACAAAGAGGAAGCUGCUGGUCAUGAAGACGUUACUACUCAUCAGUCUGCCCGCACUGUAUCCCCACCAAGGCUAUCGGAUCUCCCCGUCCGACAAAGAAGUCCAGCCACGUCAAGUUCAUCUGCGACUGGACAAGUAAUCUUUACACCGGCUUCUUCGACGGCUAGUCAUUCCGGUCAGAACAGGCGAAAGCCUGUACAUCACACGCCAACAGCAACCGCCAACGCCCGACAAGGAGGUAUGGUUAGUGAUGGACAAACGUCGUCCGGAACAGCCAGUCGCCCAUCGUUUGUGUUCGGGUCGUCGCCUGCAAUGCAAUCCGGCUCUGCAUUCCAGUUUGAUUGUCCAAAUGGGGCCACGCUAUGCUCUACGAUUGAGGAUGAAGAAAUUUAUCUGGGUUUGAUCAAUAAUGUCAUUACUUCGGCUCGUCAAGGGACAAUUCCUCGCCGCGAGUGCUUCGGUGAGCCUGGACUGUUCAGUGCGCUACCAGAAGUUGAUGAAGAUGUCCAACUGUCACAACGUUUCCGCUCAUAUGGGCCUAAAGAGAGAGAUAUGCGCAUCGGUGCUCUUGGCGAACUAUACGUCUUUGAACUUCUUCUAGGGAUCAGCCCAGCUCUCUCACAGUUCGGCAGAGACAAUUGGCAAAGUCGGAUGAGAAAGUUCAUCAACAUACAUCCUAAUUACUCCGACAUGCCAGUAUGGACGGGUCAAGAGACCGCCGAUAUUGUAUACUUUGAUCGCGGGCGAGGGUUGACAAAGCAUUUGGUGGGAAAGGGUCAGCUUGGUCCCAGUUGGUUAAACAAGAAGCCUUUGUACUUGAUUGAAGUCAAGUCCACAACUGGAGACCGUCGCACUCCGUUCUAUAUGAGUAAGCGACAGUACCAAAAGAUGGGGGAGUACUCGCGCACGUUGGCAUUGUCUACGGCCACGACCUCGCCCACCAUUUACCUGAUCGCCCGGGUCUCAAAUGUCGACAAUCCCAACAUACGGUUGGAUCUGUACUUCUAUCCAAGUACAUUGCGAGCGCAAGGCUCAUUGGUCUUUACGCCCGAAACGUGGUCGGUUGUUCCUGGGUCUGUUGAUCCUGGGUGGUUAGGCUAG